AGUAGAGUGGGCGAUGAAGUGUGAUUGUGUGAACUUGCUGUUGAGGUACCUUGCGUUUCUGCAACGACCCCGCCUCUCUUCUUUUUCUUCUUCCUGCGAUAUUCGCGUUGUUGCUGUUCUUGUUGUUUCUGCUAAACAUGUCAAAUCGCCACACCAUCAUUCUAAUUCAGAGCUCUCACAACAGAGCAACCCGAACUUUCAUGGAUUUCGAAUCAGUCACUCAGGCCAUGGAUGGUAUAUGUGCAUUGUAUGAGAGGAAACUGAAGGAGUUAAAUCCAGCUAUUCGAAAUUUCUCUUAUGAUAUUGCAGAUCUCUACAACUUUAUGGAUGGUCUUGCAGACAUGAGUGCUCUUGUCUAUGAUCAUUCCAUUCACGCUUACAUGCCACAUGAUCGACAGUGGAUUAAGCAAAGAACAUUGCGACAUUUGAAGAAAUUUGCACAUUGAUUACUGAUAUGUGAUACCC